AUGGUUGGAAAUCUUUCGUCCGCAGUUUCACCUCUGUUAGAUCUCACCAUCUUUGAGCGGUUGAAGUCAUUUAGACAACCCGGUAGUGACAUAGAUAUUUCAAGAAUUUCUACUCAGCAAGGUGCAAGCAUCAGGGAUGUGGGAAAAUGGGUAGAGGGCAGUUGGGUUUGGUCACUAGAAUGGUCCAGAGAAUUGUUAGAUAGGGACAGGGAUAGUGUGGAAAAUUUAUUGCGAUCAUUGAGAGGCUUUUCUCUGGUGGAGGGUAGAAGGUAUAGAUGGGUUUGGACCAAAGAGGGUUCAGGAGAAUACACUGUCAGCUCAGCGUAUGAUUGCUUACAGGGUGAUUAUGCUGUGUCGAAAUUGGAAGCUAUAACGUUUAAUAGGUUGUGGUCAGUCAAGGCCCCAUCAAAUGCUAUCUCAUUGGCAUGGAAGAUAUUACUACAGCGAAUCCAAACAAAAGACGAGUUAGCAAAGAGGAGGGCUCUUCCAGUGGGGAUUGGUUUAGAUCUCUUCUGUGGGGAUCAUGAAGAGUCAUGCUUGCAUUUGUUUCUUGAAUGUAGAUUUGCGUGGGGUAUCUGGAUGAGAAUUCUGAACUGGGUGGGGAUUUCUACGGCAUUACCAAACAGCUUGGUUGCUCUUUUCAUCCAAUUUGGUUCGAAUAUUGCUUCUAGCUCGAAGUCAAGAAAAACUAUUUCUGCAAUUUGGAUCGCAACUGUGUGUGCUCUUUGGAAAGCUAGGAAUAAAGUGGCAUUCAGGAGGGAGUUAUUGGAGGCGGGAGAAAUUUGUUGA